UAGCUCAUUCGAGCUCCAUGGUUUAACCUAAGUAGCUGCCGCUGCGUUCCUUACGCCUGUCUCUUGUGGGAGCAGACCGCGGCUCAAUGGCUUACGUCAAGGCUCAGAAAACAAAGGCCUAUUUCAAGCGUUACCAAGUUAAAUUUAAGAGAAGAAGAGAGGGUAAAACAGACUACCGAGCCAGGAUUCGUUUGAUUAACCAGGAUAAGAACAAGUAUAACACACCAAAGUACCGCUUUGUGGUUCGAUUUACAAACAAGGAUAUCAUUGCUCAGAUAACAUCCGCUAGCAUUGCUGGUGAUAUUGUUCUUGCUGCAGCUUAUGCACAUGAGCUGCCACGCUAUGGUCUUGAAGUUGGUCUCACAAAUUAUGCAGCAGCUUAUUGCACUGGAUUGCUUUUGGCCCGUCGGGUCCUUAAAAUGCUCGAAAUGGAGGAGGAGUAUGAGGGCAAUGUUGAGGCAACUGGGGAGGACUUUUCAGUUGAACCUGCUGAGACUAGGAGGCCCUUCCGUGCUCUCCUUGAUGUUGGUCUUAUAAAGACUACCACUGGCAAUCGGGUAUUUGGUGCCCUCAAGGGAGCACUGGAUGGGGGUCUGGAUAUUCCUCACAGUGAUAAAAGGUUUGCUGGUUUCAACAAGGACAAGAAGGAGCUUGAUCCUGAAGUUCACCGUAGAUAUAUCUUUGGUGGCCAUGUUGCUGCUUAUAUGAAGACUCUGAUGGAAGAUGAGCCUGAGAAAUACCAGUCGCAUUUCAGUGAAUAUAUCAAGCGACGGUUAGAGCCUGAUGGUCUUGAGGAGAUGUAUAAGAAGGUCCAUGCUGCCAUUCGUGGAGACCCGACCACAAAGAAAUCAGAGAAGGAACCACCUAAGGAACAUAAAAGGUACAACUUGAAGAAGCUGACCUAUGAAGAGAGGAAGGCUAAGUUGAUUGCACGGUUGCAGGCUCUCAACUCAGCUGCUGGUGCUGAUGAAGAUGAUGAAGAAGACGACGAGUGAAAUUGCUUUGUAGAUGCGGCUCCUCACAUCUAGAACUUAAUUUAAUUUGCAGUUUCAGAUCUAUUUUCGGGAAAGUUUUGUUUGAUGGUGCUGUUCUUUAUUUUCUAGGUGACAAUUUUGGAUACUUUCGGCUUAGCCUGGUUCUUGCGCUUUGUCUUGAGUUAUGCUUAUACACAAGAUAAUUGCAUUACCACAAGACUGUGUUUUAAAUUCUUCUGUAGGUUAUCUUGGGGAUCAUGUUUGCCUUAUUUUUCGAAAUGUGUUGGAAUAUACAGAGGACAUAAUUAU